AACCAAUUGUUACUCAAAACAACCAGUUGACCAAACAUCAAGAUUCUUGAUUCAAACCAUCAAUUUUCGCUUCAACUUUACUCUUUACCCUCCGAUCUUGCAUCAAUGGCCACUCUUUCUUCAGACCCACUUCUUGUUUCACAUCAAUAAUUCUAGGGUUUCAUUCAGGUGCUCAUUCUCUGUUAUUAUUAUUCCAAAGAUUUGAUCUUUAAAAAAGUCAAAUGGCCCAUAUUGUAUAUUGGAGUUCCUUUAGGUCUUCAAUCUUGAAAUGGGUAUAUAGAAAAAGAUCCAUUUUUCGGUCAUUCAACAAGUUAAAUAUGAUCAGUUCUUGUUUAUUCAUUCUGUUAACUCUAACUAUAAUCUAUGGGUAUUACUAUAUACACUUAUUCAAAGCUGUUCCACAUGUAAUUAUUGAAGAACAAACUAGCAUAAGUUCAAAAGAUUCUAACAAACCUUGUGAUCUUUAUGAUGGAGCUUGGGUUCUUGAUGAAGGCUACCCUUUAUACAAUGCAUCCGAAUGCCCUUUUGCCGAAACUAGUUUUAAUUGUUUAGCAAACGGUCGGAAAGACGACGGGUAUCUUAAGUGGCGAUGGAAGCCGAAUCGUUGCGAGGUUUCGAGGUUUGACGUUGGUGUUGUGUUGGAAAAGCUUCGUGGGAAGCGGGUUGUGUUUGUCGGGGAUUCGUUGAGUAGGACGCAAUGGGAGUCGAUGAUUUGUUUGCUUAUGAACGGUGUGGAUGAUAAGACGAGUGUUUAUGAGGUUAAUGGGAAUAAGAUAAGUAAGAAGAUUAGGUAUUUGGGUGUGAGGUUUAGUUUGUAUAAUUUUACGGUUGAGUUUUAUAGGUCGGUUUUUUUGGUGCAAAUUGGCUCCGUUCCGAGACAUUCGCCGAAGAGGGUUAGGUCGACGGUUAAACUCGAUGAGUUGGAUAAUGUUAGUUCGAAGUGGAUUGAUUCUGACGUUCUUGUGUUUAAUACGGGUCAUUGGUGGAAUCGCGCAAAGCUUUUUGAAAUGGGUUGUUAUUUUAAGGUCAACGGACGGCUAAAACUUGGAAUGUCAACAAUGGCUGCAUAUACAACAGCGUUAAACACGUGGGCUUCAUGGGUCGAAAAUAAGAUUGAUACAGACCGGACCCGUGUGUUUUUUAGGACUUUUGAGGGCAGUCAUUGGAGCGGCCCAAAGGGUCACACUUGCAAAGUCACCGAGAAUCCCUUGGUUCAAAGCAAGAGCGAAUACAGUGAAUACCGAAGUCAAUUCUCGGAUAUUAUAAGAGAAGUGGUGAAUAACAUGACGGUUCCUGUAACAGUAAUGCAUGUGACCCCCAUGGGAUCGUACCGUAGUGAUGCACACGUUGGCAUAUGGAGUGAUAAUCCAACGGUUCCUGAUUGUAGCCAUUGGUGCUUACCCGGGGUCCCUGAUGCAUGGAAUGAAAUCCUUUUUUCAUACUUAUGAAAUUUCAUAUCCAGAUUUCAAGCUUGAGAAGUUGAACUCUCUGCGCGAACGGCAUCAGAAGGCGUUUGAUCCAACUUUUUUCCGACUUUUUCGUUCUUCGUGCACUCAUCUUGUUCAUCGAUAUGCAAAUCAUCGUCAACUGUAAUCGAAACAGCUUCCGUACCAUUUGGGCCUUUCACAACAUUCUUUCUCACUUUUAAAUGCUCAUCAACAUGCACCAUUUCGUCUUUGUUAGUCGUCUUGCUGCAUUUCGCCGUGUUCAUGAUGAAACACCAAGCAACUAAAGCAAGUCCCACGAAGAAAACGCAGCCGAACGAGACAAAAACGACAACUAUGACGGUCAUUGUUGAGAUUUCUUUAGUUAGUUGAUGAGUGUGGUUAAAUUUGUAUGUUUUUUGAGAUGGGUUUGAUGUGAAAAAUAGGUUUGAAGGUUGAUUAUUUGUAGUGUAGCUAGUGAAAGUUGGGAUGUACAUGACUUUCAAGUUUUAAGGAACUUGACUUGACUUGACUCUCAUAUUAAGCAAGUAAGUUUGAUUGUAUUGUAAAACACUUCUCACAUGUUUAGAAGCCUCAUUUCAUUUCAUUGUAUUUUAUUUAUGUUUAUUUUU